AUGAUGAUAACCAAAUUAAUCCAAGUCAGUCAUCAACAACUUACUCGAUCAGGAAUAUUUACAUUAUAUGCCACAGAUAUAAGUUCAUUCAAUCGUUUAUUAAAUGAAUUUAGUAAUAUUCUUAUUGCAAAUGGUGAACCUUCUGCUUCAUUAUAUGUUCCUCGCUCAAUCCAACGAAUUAAAGAUACGGAAAAGGUUGCUUUUGUUAAAAGAGUUGACUUAGAAAUUCCGGAAAAACGAAUCAAUGAUGCAUUAAAAGAAGUUGGUCUCGAUAUAGAAAAUGUUGUUCGAUUAACAAGUAAAGAUGGAAAUCAUCCUACCAGAACAAUUAAAAUAAUUUUUAAAGAUGUACAAAAUAGAAAUACUUUCGUACAUAUAGGUUUACAAGUAGAUUCCAUGCAUUUUACCGCAGAACCAGCAAUGCAAAAUAUUAAACCGGUACAAUGUUAUACAUGUCUUAAAUAUAAUCAUGUAGCAAAAUCAAGGGGGAAACGGCGUACUUCAAGUCGAGAAGUACAUCAAAGUAGCUUAAAGUACUUUAAAGUAGUCAAAGUUACUUCAAGUACAAAAGUCCGCCCUUCCCUCUUGGGAUAUGUUCAAUGUUCCAGUUCUUUAUUUAAUCUGAGUUAUUCUGAAAAAUCAUUAUGGAAAUGA